GAAUUUGUGUUUUUCUUUUUCUUUUUCGCUCGUCUCAAAGUUCCGUCACCGAGAGGCAGCGCGACGAACAAAAGCCCUCAGAUGUUGCAUUCGCAUUUUAUUUAAUCGCAGGAUGCGUCGUUGGAGAGCGUCUGGUUGAGCUCACAAAUGUUGUGGCACUGGAAAGAAUCGUGUCUUUAUGGUCUUGCUCUCCUCUGUAAUCCCCCGAGCUCCUCCCCUCGGUGCGUGGAGAGCUUCAUUUGAUCAAAUCCUUCAAGUUGGAGCGCGUCGCCGAAUCGCACUUUUCCCACAACAUCUCAACUGUGGCUGCCGCAACUUACACGAGGACUUCUUCCCGUCAAUAACGGUCGCUAAAUAGAGGAAAAAGGACACUGUGUUGUGCUGCGAUGGAGAGGGAGAUCAGAUAUUGCCGGGUUCAUGUGAGGGCUUUUUGCACCCUGCUUUUGAUUUUGUUCGCGUGGGUUCCAGUGGCCGAAACAGUGAUAACUUGCAGGUCAUGUCACCUGCUGGAUAAGUGGAGCGGUCGGGAAUUACUGGUCAAGAUGGAUAGCGGUGUCGAUUCUGGUAAAGUUAGUGACCAAGAUGGAGACGGGUCGCUGUUUAAUUUGGCUGGUGCUGAAACUGGUCAGCCCGACUGCGGCGCGAGCGACAGCGGCGAACACGCUCACUCCGUGCGUAAAAGGAAUACAGAGAGCCUCCGCUCCGGGAAAACGCCGCCCGAUGAGAAAUGGAAGUCAAUGCGCAGUCAUGACAAAGUUUAUCAUCUCAAGCGGGCAGCUUUGCGAGCCUCAGCCCCAGGAGAUCCCCAUCACCGAGUGCGUAGAGGCACCCAGGAACCCGGCUCACCCCAAGGUGCGCGCUUUCAGCCGCUGGGUUUUGGCAACGUGACGGCGCGGGCUGCGCGCAGAGUCCCCCGGUCGGAGCUCCGCUGGAACAGGGACGAACGGAGAACGGCCGCGUCCCGACAGGAGGAGCUCAAACUCACCAGCUCUACAUUUGCUCUGACAGGGGAUUCCGCUCACAACCAAGCCAUGGUGCACUGGUCCGGCCAAAACAGCAGCGUGAUCCUUAUGCUGACCAAACUGUAUGACUUCAACCUUGGAAGUGUGACAGAGAGUUCCUUAUGGAGGUCAACCGAUUACGGGACCACUUACGAGAAGCUCAAUGAAAAGGUGGGCGUAAAGACCAUCCUCAGCUAUCUGUACGUCAGCCCCAACAACAAGCGCAAGAUCAUGCUGCUGACGGAUCCAGAGGUAGAGAGCAGUUUGCUCAUCAGCUCAGACGAAGGAGCCACCUAUCAGAAAUACCGCCUCAACUUCUACAUCCUCAGCCUGCUGUUUCACCCCGAGCAGGAGGACUGGAUCCUCGCUUAUAGCCACGAGCAGAAGCUCUACAGCUCUGUUGAGUUUGGCCGUCGCUGGCAGCUUGUUCACGAGCGGGUGGCGCCCAAUCGAUUCUACUGGUCCAAAACGGGCCUUGAUAAAGAGCCAGGCCUGAUUCACCUUGAGACCAGCAUCUCUGAAAGCCAGGCUCUUUAUGUCACAUGUAAGCUUCAGAACUGCACUGAUGCCAACAAGGGAAAACCUUUCCCCGGAUACAUUGACCCAAACUCACUGGUGGUCCAGGAUGAGUAUGUGUUUGUCCAGGUGUCAACCGGUGGUCGGCCAAUCUAUUACGUGUCAUCCAGACGAGACGUGUUUACACCCAUGAAGCUUCCCAAAUACACCCUUCCAAAGGAUCUACAUGUGAUCAGUACAGACGAGAACCGGGUGGUGGCAGCGGUCCAGGAGUGGAACCAGAAUGACACUUACAACCUGUACGUGUCCGAGUCCGGAGGCAUUUACUACACGCUGGCUCUGGAGAACGUCAUGAGCAGUAUGGGCCCAGAGGGAAACGUCAUGAUAGAUCUCUAUGAGGUGGCCGGGAUAAAAGGCAUGUUCCUAGCCAAUAAGAAGCUAAAUAAUGAGGUAAAGACAUAUAUAACCUAUAACAAAGGACGGGACUGGAGGCUCCUGCAGGCUCCGUCGGCGGAUCUCAGAGGAAACCGCAUUCACUGCAUGUUGCCGUACUGUUCUCUGCAUCUUCACCUGCACGUGUCUGCAAACCCAUACACAUCUGGAAACAUUGCCAGCCGAGAGUCAGCACCUGGAAUCAUACUGGCGUCAGGUUCGAUAGGCGCGGAGUUAACAAGCAGCAACGUUAGCAUGUUCAUCACAUCCGACGCUGGAAACACGUGGCGGCAGAUCUUCGACGAGGAGUACAGCGUUCUGUAUCUGGAUCAGGGCGGAGCUUUAGUGGCCAUCAGACACACCCCUCUCCCCAUAAGGCACCUCUGGUUGAGUUUUGAUGAAGGCAGAGUGUGGAAUAAGUACAGCUUCACCUCCUCUCCUCUGUUUGUGGAUGGAGUUUUGGGUGAACCGGGUGAGGAGACGCUCAUCAUGACGAUCUUUGGUCACGUCAGUCACCGCUCUGAAUGGCAGCUGGUGAAGAUUGACUUCAGGUCCAUCUUUAACAGGAGAUGUGUAGAAUCUGACUAUGUGCCGUGGGACUUACACGACCAGGGCGAGCGAUGCCUUAUGGGAGUUAAAAGAGUCUACAGGAAGCUGAAGGCCACAGCCAGGUGUGUUAUGGGUAAAACCUACUCCGUCACCAUGAUCUCUGAGCCCUGUCACUGCACCGAGUCGGACUUUGAGUGUGAUUAUGGUUUUGAGAGAAGGACUGAUGGGAAAUGUACUCCAGCGUUCUGGUUUCCACCGUCCUCCAUGUCUCGAACCUGCACUACAGAGCACACAUUCCUCAACAGCACUGGGUACAGGAAGGUUGUGUCUAAUAACUGCACAGGCGGUGUGAUAGAGCGAUACACGGCCCGCAGACAGCUGUGCCCCAGUCAGGCUCCUCGUGGCCUUCAUUUAGUGACCAGCGAAGGGAAGCUCACAGCCACUCUGGCCAGCAACGUCACAUUCCUUGUCUUCUUGGAGGAGGGUGACGGAUCGAAAACCAGCAUCACUGUGGAUUUCGGCGAUGGAAACGCCUUCACUUACUCCAACGUGAGCUCCAUCGAGGAUGGCAUUAAACACAUUUACAAGACUGUGGGCAUCUACCGAGUGUCAGCCACGGCGGAGAACAGUCUGGGCUCAGAAACGGUGCUCCUCUUCCUACACGUUACAUGUCAGUUGGACUCUAUCCAUCUCUCCGCUCCUUUUGUAGCUGUGAAAAAUAAAGAAGUCAAUCUGACGGUGGUUCUCUACCCCAGCCAAGUAGGAACAGUCACCUACAUCUGGUGGUUUGGGAACAAUUCCGAGCCUGUGAUCACGCUGGAUGGGAGUGUGUCCUUCACCUUCUCCAGAGAGGGAAUCAGCAUCGUCACCGUACAGGUUUCUGCUGGGAACAACAUCCUGCAGGACAGGAAAACCAUCGCCGUCCACGAAUACUUCAGGUCUCAUCUUCUUGCCUUUUCGUCCAAUCUGGAUGAUCAUAACCCUGAUGUGGCCGAAUGGAGACUCGAUGUGAGUCGAGUCAUUAAAGCCUCCAUGAUGCAGGCCACAGGAGUGAGUCCAGAUCUGCUGCUGGUGACUGUUCUGCCUGGACUGCCCACAGCAGCCGAGUUCUUUCUGCUACCAGACAAACAGCUCACAGAGGGAAAACCAGACAAAACUGCCACGCAUUUAGACCAGCUUUCAGAAGUGGUGCUCAGCGCUCUCAAUCAGAACCUGGUACAGUUCACACUCAGACCAGGAGUCCAGAUAACUGUUUACGCUGCUCAUUUAUCAGCAGCGCCUCUAGUGGACACCAGUGAGAAUCACAGCGGCUCAGCGAUGCUCAUGCUCCUCUCUGUGGUGGUGCUGGGUUUAGCCAUUUUCCUCAUCUAUAAAUUUAAAAGGAAGAUCCCAGGCCUCCACGUCUAUGCAGCGAUGCAGGACGAAACAGAGCAAGAAAUGAUCCAGAGUCCAGUUUCUCCUACUGACAGCACACCCAGCAGCAGCUCGCAGAGAGAACUGCUCACUUCACUGGAGCCUCUGGACACAGAGCCCAACACACAGACCAUCGAAUGCAUCAAACCUCAUCCACGCGUCAAAUUCUCAUCAGAUCUUCCUACAUACAUUGACGUUUGAACUCCGGACUCCGCCACGUUGAGGACUUUUUUGCUCAUGCGGACACAAAGGUUUCAAGCUUUAUUCAGUACUUGUGCAUGUCGGACAUUAACUUUACCGUGCUCUGUGAAUAAUAGAACAAACUUUGUACAGCUUUUUUUAUAUACAUCCGUGUGUUCAAUAAAACAUUUUUCGAUGCGG